UGUUACUUCAGUCAGUGUACUCAGUUGUCUCGAAGUCUGAGCGUGUUGUUGUUGUCGCGCCUCGUAUUAUCGCGAUUUCACGUCCCACGGCCUACUGUAUUUAGUACAUGUAAAUAAGAUUACUUUAAAUCCUCAAGUUAACUUUUAUUUCAGAUAUCGUUCACUCACGUCCAUUUGUGUGAAUAAUAUUAUCUGUUGUGCCACCGUUUUCGAAAAAUGGCAUGCGAAUUUUUAUGCCGUCGUGGGCGACCGCGAACGACUCUAUGAUACAACGUUCACUCGACAUGGUAUUGGUCCAGCGGGUUGCGAAAACAUGCGCUCGCGUAAAAAAACUUGCCACCAUCGCUGUGUUGUAGCCGAGAAACUAUGAAGGGCACGUAAAACGCCACCUUCGCAUUACGAUAACGUACAAGACGGGACGCCGCCGACAUGCGGCCGCUGUCGUCCACAGCUGCAGCUGGAGUUGUGGUCUUCUUGGCGGCGAUUAAGUUCGGAUGGAUAUGCUCCACGCCCGUUCUGCGGCCAGGCAAACUGCCGGCGCUCAACCAUUUCAUAAAGCACUACAUGCCGGCGGAAUACGACCGGGACAGUCUGAAGGAGCAACACCGGAGAAUGCGCAGGGAUGCGCUCCGGCAGUUACCGGCUCAGCCAUUGCGGCUCACUAUCGGCACUCCGCACAGGACUUUCAAAAUGUUGCUGACGCCAGACCAAAAGCUGUUUGCUGAUGACGUUGUGUUUGAAGGUGCCAAAAACCGACCAAUCCAAUUUGAUCCGGGCAAAGCCUAUGCCGGAACGUUAGAAGACGAUGAGACAACACACGUUAGAGGCGUGGUGACAGCUGAUGGGUUGUUCGAUGGCACUAUCAGUACAGCCACCGAAGAAUAUUUUGUGGAACCCACGUCGAGGUACAUGGGAAAAGGUAGUUCAUCGCCUUUCCACAGCAUAGUAUAUCGGCUAUCGGAUGUCACACAACCCAAGCCUAGUGAUUGUCGAUCUGAAGAAAUGCACAAACGUCGUCGAAGAAAACGACAGUCGGUCGAUGAUGGCGAUGACGACUUCAACCAAGACGAUGUAAUCGCCCCCGACCGGCUAGUUAAUCAAACUUAUGAUACAGAAGGCGUGAUUCUAAUCAGGUCACCGAACGGUACGAUCGUGAACCGAAGUCGACAAUCAGCCACUAGCAAAACGUCAGCACCCAAACCGAACUGGUACGAUCCCAAUGACCAGAGAAAGGUGUUAGUUGCUGUGGCCGGUGAUGAGGCCAGCAGCAACUUGGUAGUGGACGAUGGCACUUACGAUCCAUUUGAAAAUCGAAAGAAAGGACUCAGUCCGUUCGUAGACAAUAGAAAAACUACUUGCAUGCUUUAUUUACAAGCGGACCAUCUGUUUUUUGAAAAGUAUGGUAGAGAAGAAACGUGUAUCGAAGUCAUGACGAGACACGUACAGAGGGUAAAUGCUAUUUACAGGACUACGGACUUUAAUCAAGAUGGUAGACCAGAUAAUAUCAGUUUUAUGAUUAAGAGAGUCAAAGUACAUUCUAACCCAGACCCUUCGUACAAGUUUCUCGGAAAUUACGGAGUAGAAAAGUUUUUGGAGAUUUUUUCCGAGGAAGACUAUGAUGCAUUUUGUCUAGCCUAUAUGUUCACUUACAGGGAUUUCGAAAUGGGUACUCUGGGCUUAGCAUGGACUGGCGAUUUAAAGAAUGCAGGUGGUGUGUGUGAAAAGAACGGGCAUUAUCGAGGAAGUUUAAAAAGCUUAAACACCGGUAUUGUUACUCUUUUAAAUUACGGCAAACACGUGCCUUCCGCUGUGUCCCACGUUACAUUGGCUCAUGAAAUAGGUCAUAACUUUGGCUCACCGCACGAUCCUGAAAUCUGUACUCCUGGUGGAGACGACGGCAAUUAUAUUAUGUUUGCUCGGGCUACUUCGGGUGAUAAGAAAAACAAUAAUCGUUUCUCACCUUGUAGCUUAACUGCCAUUAAUCCUGUAUUAAACGUUAAGGCCAGAAGUACAAGAGGAUGUUUUACCGAACCACAAACUUCAAUCUGUGGAAAUGGCGUCGUAGAGCCGGGUGAAGAAUGUGAUUGUGGUUGGGAAGAAGAUUGUAAGGAUGCUUGUUGUUUCCCACAAAGAAGAUACUCGCCGCCUGAGGAACCGCCUUGUCGACUGACUCCUAAUAGCAUAUGUAGCCCUUCUCAAGGUCCUUGUUGUACAACCGAAUGUCGACUUAAAACUGGUGAAUUGUGUCGGAACGACAAUGGUUGCCGAGAUGCUAGUUACUGUAAUGGACGAACUCCUACAUGCCCUCCAUCUAUUAACAAGCCUAAUAAGACUGUGUGCAAUGAAGAAUUCGUUUGUUACAUGGGAGAAUGUACGGGUUCAAUUUGUUUAGCUUACGGUUUAGAGUCAUGUCAAUGUAUACCAAGCCCAAAAGACUCGCCUACUAAAGCAUGUGAGUUGUGUUGUAAACUACCAGGAGAAAAUCAACCGUGUUUGUCAUCUUAUUCCUGGAACCACGUGCCAUAUGAUAUACCGGAUAUGUACUCUAAGCCGGGUACACCGUGUAAUGAUUAUAAUGGUUAUUGCGAUGUAUUUCAAAGAUGUAGAGAGGUUGAUCCGUCAGGACCAUUGGCUACGUUAAGAAAACUCUUGUUAUCUGAAGAGAGCAUAGCUUCAUUUAAAAAAUGGGCCAUUGAUCACUGGUACUACUCAGGCCUAAUAGUAGCAUCAUUCCUAGUUAUGUUGGUAUUAAGUACUCGUUUGUUUGGAAAGCGAUCGGAUCCAAAAUUAAAAUCGGUAACAAUAAUUCAUAGUUCUACCACAGAAACUGUCCGUUUGCCUCCCGAUGGAGACACUCAAAACGUGACAGUUCAUCCGGCCGCUGUUCGGUCUAAGCUGCCGUUAAAAAAACGGGUGAGAGAAAAGCGUAACAUAAACAACAACAAUAGCCCAGCCAAGAAAAAUCGGAAGAAAUUGGUCAACGAUGAGGAGUCUACUACACCGGAGACUUCAUCGCCAAGAAAUGUUAGUCAAGGUCAGAAGCUCAAAGACCGCAAAUCUGCCAAAACAAAAAAGACUAAAGGAGUCAUUAACUAUAGUGCCACUCAAAACAAUGCAAUGGUCAACAAAAAAUUGGCCGAUGAUGAUCCGUUAGGUAAAGUUCGCAAUUGGCUACUAAAUUCUCAUCACAUUGAAGCGUUAGGUUCGCUAAGGAAGUCUAAGUCAUCACCAGCAGGUUUCGCCAACCCACCGGAACAACCGAAACUGACGAAAGUGACUGCCCAACAAAAGCCAAAAGACAAUCAAGUUAGUUUACAAGUAGUGUACAAACCGCCAUUCAAAUUCAGUGUUAAAUUAAGCAAAUCCAAACCCGAUCUAGCCAAAGACAAACGACCCGACCGUACCAAGCAACGAGCUGCUCUGUUGAUCCGGGCGAAUCGUGCGCAUGGUGGUGGUGCUACAAAGCACACAAAAAAGACUGCUAGACCUUCGCAAGAGGCUAAGAACUCAAUUGCCCCGAGAGAAGAACCUAUUUAUGAAAAUGCUUCUACCGAUUUGCUUCGAAUGUCGUCUACAGAACACGACGGGCACCAGCCAAUAUUUCCGGUAGCAGCUACGCCUCCAGAUAAGAAACAACGAAAGUCGUUUGCUGGUGUAGACGUCAAACCAGACGAAAUUAGAUCGAAGAGAAAUAGUGUUCCACAACAAUUGCUACAAACCGGCUCAUCGAGCAGCAGCAGUAUUAACCAUAAUCUGAUACACUUCCCAUCAACUGACAACAAGGUGCAGCCGACCUACUCAAAUGUAAACCAAAAGGUAGAUGACCGGAUAAAAGAUAAGCCGUGAUUAUUAACGUGUACAUCAUUGAUUGACAGAUUUGAAAUUAUUUUUAUUUUAUUUUUUUUUAAUUAAAAACCACACUAUGUAUUGUUUUACCAUACAUGAUCUCAUUUGACCGUCUUUAUUUUUAACUAACUUUUACUUAUUUUUAUAUAUUUUUUUUACAAAGUACGUCUACUGCUACUUAAAUUUUUACCCUUACAGUAUUAUCAUAAAACAAGCCAAUUGUUUUAUUGCAAACCAUUGUUUAAUUUAUGGAUUUAUUUUUUGUAAGUAAUUUAAAAAAAUAUCAUGUAUAAUCAAAGUAAUUUUCAUAUUCAAAGACAUCUUCAUUUUAAGAGUAUCUUUUGCAUUCAAUUAAAGAAAAAGAAAGUUGUUUCCCUCUAUAUACAAUGAUUACAUAUGCACUUGCCAAAGCUUAUACAUUUAAUUUGUUACUAUUAUGAAGUUCUUCAUUGAUGUUUAUUGAAUGUCAUUGUUUCUGUUGGAAUAAAUUCGAUGCCUUAUUAUUUAUUUAUAUUAUAUUACUUACUUCAUUAAUCACGUUUCGCGUUGUUUAAUACCAAGCAAUAAUAGUAUAUUAACGGUAAACAAUUAUUUUAUUGUCUUAUGUUUGUGUGCAUUUAUUUAGAUCUCUUGUUUUAAUUAAGUUAUAUAUUUUUAUGAGUGCAAUAUUGUAAGUUUGUAUAAGCUUAUGCCUCAUUUAAUAGGAACAAACCUCGCCUUUUAAUUGUAUUUAAUAUUAUUAUAAUUAUAAUUAUUAUUAAACAUUUACUUAGCGUUUUAUACUUGACAUAUUUUAAAGCUUAACGUUUUUAAAAGAAAUAGUCGGUUCAGGUUAAUAAUCCAAAUCCUGUUAAAUUAAAAUGUUUAAAAUUACUCUUACAUAAAUGAAACUAUGACUUUUCAAUAAAAUUUUACUUUUUUAUGCAUAAAUAAAUUGGUUAAUCAUAUUCAUAAAUUUAAACUUUUAAUGAGUAAUCACGAAAUAACAUUAAUUUAAAAUUCAAUUGCCAAAAUUAAUUGUGAUAUUCUAUAAAACACAUUUUUAAUCAUUGUAGAUAUUCAUAUUCUACAUAAAAUUAAUUUCUAAUAUUAUUAUUAUAUUUUUAUUAAAAUAAAUUGUUUAGCUUAUUUUAUAAUUAUUCUGUAAACCUAUUACAUAAACUCAUAAAAAGGCUGUGUGUAUAAAACUCUAAUAAAUGAGAUAUAUGUUAGAGCUGUACUACUAUAUUUAGUUAUUUUUGUUAUCAAUUUAACGAUAAUCAUUACUCAAAUAUAUCGCCGUCAAUUAUUGUAAUAAAAAAACACCCUAGCUCAAUAUUUAUUUAAAUUACAAAGCUCAUGUAUAAAAUCAUAAUUAUUAAAUAAAAUAUUUUAUUUUAAAUAUGUAAUUUUAAUUCAAUGCGGGUUUUAAUUGUAAUAAACAAAAAAAAAAAACUAUUUUAAAUGCUGAUUUUUAAAGCAUUCGUUGUUUAAAAUAAGAUUGCUUAUAUUAUGUAUAUAUUUUAAAACAUGUCUAAUUAACAUCAUACUUUGUAAGUAUUUUAUAAAUGUAAAAAUAUUGCUGUGUUAACAAGUUUAGGUUUACAGUGUGUUAUAAUUAAAAGUAUUUUAACUACAAUAGUUAUUUUCAGAAAAUAAAAUAAUGUAAUUUUUGGCUAUUCUUCCUAUUUAACUUACGUAUUUAACACAUUUAUAUUUAUUUAUUUAUUAAAAUCGUUUGUGCUAUUGUGUAAAUACGAAAAAUGGUGAUAUUUAAUUUGACCAUGUGAGUUUAAUUUUUAGAUUUUUUUCUAAAAUCAACUAGUUUUAUUAUUUACUUGAACCCCUUUGUGCAGUUUGUGAUUUCGUUGUAAUUACUGUAAUAAUUGUAUUACUUUUUAUUUAAAAAUGUUAAUUUAAGUGUUUCAUACUAAACAAAAUGUGAUACCCUACUUAAUAUAUGUAUAAGAAGUCCAAUAAUUUAAGUUUGUCGACAAUUCAUUAAAUGA